AUGAACAAUAGCCACGCCCUAUUUGAACUUGAACCUGAGAGGACCAGCAUCAUGACGCCUGUGUUCCUCCUCCUCCUCUUCUUCUCCAUGACGGCCAUCACUGCAGUAAGUUUCAUCACUGGGAUCAUGAUCUUCACCUUAUCAGCUGAGAUCAAAAUCAUCUCUGUUAUGAGCGAGGGUGAAGCUGAAAAAGACGUCUCUGAAAUCAUCGAAGCAGCUAACGCUGGCUCAACAAACCUGGUGGAUGGCGACGUUGUGGAAACUUCCACGAGGAACGCAGCUCUUUGCACAUACUACGGCUGCAAGUGGCGCAAACGUGGAUCCAAAGUCUAUGUGCCGGUGUACAUCUCCAAUCGUUUCUCAAGAACAGAGCGCAACACCAUCAUCAGAGGCCUGGUGUCGUUCCACAGCUCCACCUGCAUUCGCUUUGUUUGGAGAAGAUACGCCUCGCAGCGGGAUUACAUCUACUUCUACUCUGGAUCUGGGUGCUUCUCUAACAUUGGCCGUAAGGGUGGACAUCAGUUUAUCUCCCUGAAGAAGAACGGGUGUGUGUACCACUCCACGGUGCAGCAUGAGGUCCUCCACGCUCUGGGUUUCCACCACGAGCACAAGCGCAGCGACAGGGACCGAUACGUUCGAAUCAACUGGGCGAACAUCAAGCCAAGUGCGAAACACAACUUUCAGAGAGCUCGGACUAACAAUUUGUGGACUGGAUACGACUUUAACUCUGUCAUGCAUUACAGCAAAAACGCCUUCUCCAGUAAUGGAAAGCCCACCAUCGUCGGCAGGAAUCCAUCCCAGACAUUUGGAGGUGCCAGAUCCAUGAGCAGAAAUGACAUCCUCCGCGUCAACAGGCUUUACAGAUGCUGUGAGUAA